CUGCAAUGCAUUCUAUACACUAAAUCUCCGUGUGCCCAUCCUGCAGUAGCAAUGACCCAAUAAAGGAGUCAAUAGUUAGGGUUAUUUCAUUAAUUCUUUGUUUACCCUAGCAAUGAGAGAGGAUAGGUGUUCUGAAAGGGCUAUAUGGCCCACCCUCAAAUACAACUACUGGUUGGAAUUAACAUGACGUGAAGUAUAUUCCCGUGAGUAUCAGAUGUGUCUAGUCGAGAUCGGAUUGAGUUUUCUUGUAUGAUGUUGUGAAAUACCCUACUGCAUCACUAUGUGAUACGAUCCGAACUUUGGCUACUCCAUAAAUUUAUUUUACCUCACUUCAGGUUUCGCUUUGACUUCCCACUAUUGGAGACUUGAAAUCCAAGUCAGGGGUGUAAUUUGCCCUACAUGUGAGAUGAACACAUUGUCAAAGCACAGACUGGUGACUACACCUCGCUGCCACAGACACAAGGACGUAUGUGCAGUUUCGUCAUGAAUCCAGUCAGUAACGAUUUACAAGCAACGUCAUCAACUACAACAGCUGCGCCCGAGUAUCUAUCAGUUCCUGAAGUGCCCUUCACAACAUCACUGACGACCUAUCUGGGGAAGGUACAGGAGACGGGACAGGUGCCCGUAGAGGAGGAGAUGUGUUACGAGGUACGGAGACUGCAGUCUUUUUCUGGGAUCCCCGUCCAGGCCUCGCCCAUGAGGCUUGCCCAGUCAGGAUUCUAUGCUACAGGUCGCGAGGACGAGGCUCGCUGCUACAGCUGUAGGAAGUCACACACAGGCUGGCAAAUAAUGGACAGACCGGAUGUUCUACACAGAGUUAUUUCCCCUGACUGCCCACAUCUAAACAGAGGCGACCCACGAAAUAUACCGCUGACUUCAAAUUCGAAUGCAACAACGGUGUACGGUAUCCUUGGGGAGUACUCUGGAAGCAGCAAUGUAACAACAACAGAUACAUUACCACCUACAGCUACAGAGACACCAACUCUAGGAACAGCAGCAGAAGAAGCAGCAGCAGCAGAAGUAGCACCUGCCGUGUCUGAACCAUCCCUCGACAUGAACAGUGCUGUGCAUCCUCAUUACAGAAACAUGCAGACCAGAUUAGACAGCUUCAGAGGCUGGGACACGUCGCACGUUCAGGACCCGCGGGUACUGGCGACAGCAGGCUUCUACUAUGCAGGUUACUCCGACUGUGUCCGGUGUUUCUACUGUGGUGUUGGUCUGAAGACGUGGGAAGAGAGGGAUGACCCUUUUGUGGAGCACGUGCGCUGGAGGUCGUCCUGCAGCUACAUCAGCAAAUUGAAAGGAGAGAACUUUGUCAUACAGGCACUUGCCAAAAUCGGAUCCUCCCAGCCUGCAGUGAACAAUACCUACAGCAGUUACACAGCCACUCCUGCACAAGGAUCUCGUGAGUCUACAGUGAACAAUACCCACAGCAGUUACCAACCCACUACAUCGCGAAACAUGGCUGUCGUGGCGAGGGCGGUGGAGAUGGGGUUCUCCCGGCAGAUGGUGGAGAAGGCGGUGAUGGAGAUGUCCAACUCGUACAACAAUCCCCGUGCUGCAGGAGACAGAAGCCACAGAUAUCAGACAUACCCGAGGAGACGCCUCAGAUAUCAGACAUACCCGAGGAGACGCCUUAUGUCAGACAUACCCGAGGUGAAGCCGCAGAUGUCAGACAUAUCCGAGGUGAAGCUGCAAAUAUCAGACUUACCCGAGGUGAAGCCGCAGAUGUCUGAGGUCCUAAACGAGAGACAUCGCAUGUUUGAGGUCCCUAAUCAGGGACAAGAGAGAUCUGAAGUUCCCCAAUCUCUCCCAGCAAGACUGGCGCCGCCGAGUGACACCUCUACAAGUCAUCUAACGUCCAUGACGACACCGAGUGUGUCAUAUACACGACGUCCACGUGAAUAUCCACCGGGUACUGAGACCUCCCGCUCCCUGCCCCCUUCCCUGCAGCGUCAACUCGAGGAGGAGAACCGCGCGUUACGAGAUGAGAACACCUGCAAGGUCUGCCUGGACAGAACCAGUUGUGUUGUCUUCCUACCGUGCGGCCAUCUUGUCACGUGUGCUGAGUGCGCACCUGCACUGAGCAAGUGUCCUAUAUGUAGAGCACAUAUACGUGGAACUGUGAGAACAUAUAACGCCUAAUGUAUACAAGACCAAAACUCCCCCCGUAUCUAGUGUAAUUGAUUUAUGUAUGCUUAUAAUUGUCUCAGUUAUUUUGUCAUUAAGGCCAUUUUGGAUUCUGUUUCGUCGGAUAAUCGAAACUGAUUACUCUCUGACUAUGACGUUUAAUAUUUACGUGGGUUAAUUACUAACAGUUACCUUACAUACACAUGCUUUUAACAAAUAACUUCAGAUGUAAGAUGCCAAAGUCAGAGAAUAACCAUGCUCGGUCAUACUCUUGGGCAUAUGUUUGUUUCACAACUAAAGACGGCCAUGCAGCAAUGAACAGCCGAUCGGCAAAAUAAUCUGAUAUACAAUGUAUGUUCUCUUUACCGGAUCGGUUGCUGGUCCCGCUGUGAUUGUUUAUUUCACUCACAAGACUCCAGCACAGGAACCAGCAGGAUCAUGUAAUAUUUCAGAAAAUAUCACAAUAUUUAUGCUUACAAACCAUUACAUCAUUGUUAUAGUUUUCCCAGACUGUAACACAGAUUUCAGGACGGGCCCCUUGGGAGCUGCAUUCGUCGCCUUACAUGCGCAUGCUGCAUGUCGUUGUAUAGCUGGAUCACUAC